GUCUAGAAAGAUACUACCAACGCUUAUAAAACUUGUCCAGAAUUGUUCGAUAAAACAGCACCGACAGAGGGACGCAUCAGCGCGCUAGCUGCGAGAUAACCCGCAUCCAUGUCGCAGGUUACCAACCUUGCACCCUUCGAUUACCACGGUAGGGUGCAAAUCGUAGGGAGAGUAUCUUCACCUCAUCCUCCUCUGACACCACCAUCACUUCCCCCGCAUCCUCGAAUUUGUGAAGAUCUAAAGUAUCGAUAGAAAUCUGUUAUGAUCAUUCUUACCUAGAUCUUACCGAAAUGUUAGAACGUCAACAGAAACGGCAAGAAAGGAAAUGCACUUAUUGGCUAGCGUCUGCGCUUUCAUAUUGAUCUGUGUCUCGGUCUGACGUUGAGCGCACGAGUUUACGGGUGGGACAACGGGUCAACGCCGCCCAAAAAUGUAUAUUUUUUUGAGAUUUUCACGAUUCAUCUUAAUAUCGUCGAUACUCUGUAUCGGUCUCUGUUCCGAAGAUGAGGAAAGAUUGGUGCGAGAUCUUUUCAGAGGCUAUAACAAACUUAUCAGACCGGUACAAAAUAUGACGGAAAAGGUGCACGUCAAAUUUGGACUCGCCUUUGUACAGCUCAUCAACGUGAACGAGAAGAAUCAAAUUAUGAAGUCGAAUGUAUGGUUAAGAUUCGUAUGGAUGGAUUAUCAAUUACAAUGGGAUGAAGCUGAUUACGGUGGUAUUGGAGUACUUAGGUUACCGCCUGACAAAGUAUGGAAACCAGAUAUAGUAUUGUUCAACAAUGCCGAUGGUAAUUACGAAGUACGUUACAAAAGUAACGUAUUGAUAUACCCAAAUGGUGAGGUACUUUGGGUACCACCAGCGAUUUAUCAAAGUUCUUGCACAAUUGACGUCACCUAUUUCCCAUUUGACCAACAAACAUGUAUUAUGAAGUUUGGAUCAUGGACGUUCAAUGGCGAUCAGGUAUCCUUAGCCCUUUAUAACGACAAAAGUUUUGUCGACCUCUCGGAUUACUGGAAAAGUGGUACCUGGGAUAUAAUAAGUGUGCCAGCUUACUUAAACGUCUAUCCCAGCGAAUUACCAACCGAAACGGAUAUCACGUUUUACAUAAUAAUACGACGAAAGACCUUAUUUUACACUGUGAAUUUGAUCCUACCUACCGUCUUGAUUUCCUUCCUUUGCGUUUUGGUCUUCUAUUUGCCAGCCGAGGCCGGUGAAAAGGUGACACUCGGUAUAAGUAUUCUCUUAUCGUUGGUCGUGUUUCUUUUAUUGGUUAGCAAGAUCUUACCACCCACGUCUUUGGUAUUACCGUUGAUUGCCAAAUAUCUUCUAUUUACUUUCAUCAUGAAUACCGUCAGUAUUCUGGUAACCGUAAUCAUCAUAAAUUGGAAUUUCCGUGGUCCACGUACUCACAGGAUGCCACAGAUGAUACGAAAAGUAUUUCUCAAAUAUCUGCCUAAGUUUCUUUUCAUGCGAAGACCGAAAAAAACGCGUCUCAGAUGGAUGAUGGAAAAUCCAAGCGUAACACUACCAGCCUCAACUUAUUCCGGUAGCCCUACGGAGUUACCAAAACAUCUACCAUCUUCUUUGGCCAAGAGUAAGAUGGAAGUGAUGGAGUUAUCCGAUCUGCAUCAUCCUAAUUGCAAGAUCAAUCGUAAGGUUCAUCAUACGACAAGUGGUUCGAGUGCAGCUGGUCCUGGUGAAGCUCUAGGCGAUAGAAGAGGUUCCGAAAGUUCGGAUUCUGUUCUUCUCAGUCCAGAAGCUAGCAAAGCUACGGAGGCAGUUGAAUUUAUAGCUGAACAUCUUAGAAACGAAGAUCUCUAUAUACAAACAAGAGAAGAUUGGAAAUACGUUGCGAUGGUGAUAGAUCGAUUACAGCUUUACACCUUCUUCAUAGUCACCACAGCUGGUACCAUAGGGAUCCUAAUGGACGCACCUCAUAUUUUCGAGUACGUGGACCAGGAUCAUAUCAUAGAAAUAUAUCGCGGCAAAUAAUCGCUUUUAUGCAUCAUGUCAUAUAUCUUUUUUUUUUCUUUCGUUCGCUGCUACACUAUCAUUGACUAAAAAGAAAAUUCUUUUUUUUUUUUAUAUAUUUAUACCAAUGCGUAUUUACUUGCAAAUUUACAUACGAAAAUUCAUAAUCAUUUAACGAUCGUUAGCCUAAUUUUCAUACCAACUCGUAACGGAAUCGUCAUCAGCAUUAAUUAUUUUCUUCUUGAGAAGGUUCAAAAAAUUUAAUUCGACAAUUUCUUUUCAUUUUGUGUUCUAUUUUUUUUUCUACGAAUAAAUAAAAAUAACAGAGCCCGUGUAACUUCCCAGAGAUAGAACCAAAAAAAUGUCUUAUUAUAAAUGAAACGGCAAUAUAAUAUUCGCAAUUUUUCAAUUGAACGACAGCUUGUUUCUUUACGCUAAUUAUUCCAAUGAUAAUACAAGGAAAUGAUAGAGGCUUAAGAAUCUGUAUUUUUUAAAAUAUUUUUCAAAUUUUAAAUAAAUAUUCAUUAACGAUUAUCGCUUAGAUAUUUGUUGAUCAUGAAUUGAAAAGUAAAAUACAGUAUGUUCGGUUAUGAAGAACGAAACUUUUCAACGAGAUAUAAAAAAUAUCAUUAGAAUUAUCGUAGUUGCCUCUACUGUUAUCGUCUUCCUUAACGCUAAUGAUCUAUCAUAAAUUUCUUCGCGCGAAUUUAAAAUAAUCAAUCGAUUGAAGAGAAGAAAAGCAAACAACGUUUUUUCUUGACUUUUUUCGAUUGUGUCUCAUUGCUGAUAUCUUUGAUAUCUAAUAUUAAAAUAUUAAACAUAUUAUCAAAAUCGUAUAACAUAGUUUUUAACAUUAA